CAUCAUCGUAUGCGUACUUUUCGCCGUCGAUUGAAGGCAUCGAGUUUCCGUUUAUACCCGACACGGGCGACAUUCCUCUAGUCUGUGACAUGUCUUCAAACAUACUCACAAAAGAGAACGACAUCAGCAAGUUUGGAGUCAUAAUUGCUGGAGCUCAGAAAAACAUCGGUUCAGCUGGAGUCACAGUAGUGAUUGCUCGUGAAGACUUGAUUGGUAAAGCACAUCCACUGUGUCCAAUUAUAUUGGACUAUAAAGUGAAUGCGGACGCCAGCUCCGUGUACAACACGCCACCGGUCUACAGUGUGUACAUCAUGAAACUUGUUUUUGAGUGGAUUGAACAGCUAGGGGGACCUCAAGUCUUUUUAGACAGUUUUUCACCGAUCCACGUGAAACACCGACAGUUUUGGCGAUGUUACGCUCACCCAGACCACACUCUUUCAAGCCUUCGACCGUAUCGUUCAAGAAUGAAUGUAACUUUUCGUAUUGGCUCUCGCGAAGGUGACGCUGAAGUGGAACAAAAAUAUUUUAGUGAAGCUGGAAAGCUGAACAUGAUCUCUCUGAAAGGACAUAGGUCGGUCGGAGGUGUACGUGUUUCAAUGUACAAUGCGAUUACAGUCGAGGAAGUGCAGUGUCUCGCUAAAUUCAUGAAAGAAUUUGCCGUACGACAUCGACAGCAGAAGAACUAGAUGUCGCGUAUCAGUGGAAGUUGUAUAUGAAAUACAC